AUGAAUAGCAAACUAAUUCAAUUACGACCAUUUAUAGAUAAAAAUGGAAUAUUAAGAGUAGGAGGAAGACUACAAAACGCGAACAUUACAUAUAAUCAAAAACAUCCAGUGAUUCUAGCUAAAGAUCGAUAUUCAGAAUUAGUAAUAUAUCAAGCACAUCAAUCAACACUACAUGGUGGGCAAUCAUCGAUGGAAACACAUAUAAAACGACGAUUUUGGAUAUUAGAAAUGAGGAAAACUAUAAAAAAGAUAUGCCACAAGUGUAUAAGAUGCAUUCGAUUCAAUCAAAAUUUUGCUAAACAAAUAAUGGGAUAUAUACCUAGUUACAGAAUAAAUAUAUCCCAUCCAUUCGAACACACAGGUAUUGAUUACGCAGGACCCAUAUACAUGAGGUAUUCUAAAGGUCGCGGUCAAAAAUCAUUCAAAGGUUACAUCGCAGUAUUUGUAUGCAUGUGCACAAAAACAAUUCAUUUAGAGGCAGUAAGCGACUUAUCAUCAGAAGCAUUUAUAGCUGCAUUAAAAAGGAUCUUUUCAAAGCGUGGGAAGAGUGCACAUUUAUAUUCAGAUAAUGGCACUAAUUUUAUUGGCGCAUUAAAAAAAUUAGAUAAAGAGUUUGGAAAUGCGAUCAAAAAUAAUACAUCGAUGGUACCAAUUCUUGCAGCAGAAAAAAUUGAAUGGCAUUUUAUUCCUCCGGCAAGUCCGCAUUUUGGCGGUAUAUGGGAAGCUGCUGUAAAAUCCGUGAAAUAUCAUUUGAAGCGCGUAAUAGGUGAAACAAAACUAACAUUUGAAGAGAUGACUACACUUCUAAAUCAAAUUGAAGCAGUACUCAAUUCACGACCACUUUGCUAUACAAGUAGCGAUAUAGACAGUAUUGAUGUUCUUACACCUGGACAUUUCUUAAUAGGUCGUCCAAUAUUAGACGAACCAGAAACUGAAGUCAAAAAUAAUAUAAGUUUAAUAAACCGUUGGAAACUUGUACAAAAAAUUAAAACAGAUUUUUGGAAAAAAUGGAAAAAUGAAUAUGUCACGUCUCUACAAAAACGAAACAAAUGGUUUAGAGAAAAACCGAACUUAGCAGAGGGGCAAGUAGUAAUUAUUAAAGAUGAAAAUACCGCGCCUACUAGAUGGCCAUUAGGAAAAAUUACAGAAGUAUUUAAAGAUAUAAACGAUGGUAAUAAGUUAUUUAUAUGGUCUGUACGAGAGAAGAGAAAAAGAGCGCCGUUGGCAUUCAUUGGUUCAUUUUAUCACCUCCUAUUCGGAAUGAUGGAUGAAGAUGACCGAAAAGCUUUAGAAGAAGAUAUGAAUAAUCUUCUAGAAAAUCAACAUAAUUUAAAAAAGAUGACUGAAAGACAAACGUCGGUAGUAGAAACAACAGUAAAUAUAUUAAAACGCACAUCUGAAGAAAUUCAGCAACAAUACAAUGAAAUUCAUGAAAGAGUUGAAUCCAUAAACACUGCUUUGAAUGAAACUUAUCUUGUUUAUAAGGAAUCAAUAAAUUUUUUUAUGGUAACAAGACAGUUAUCAGAUAUGAUAGAAGAAUGUUCUCAAAUUCAAUCUGAAGUAAUGGAACUCUUAAUGGACGUUAACCAUGGAAAAUUAAAUCCAGCACUUAUAAAACCAUCACAGUUACAUCGCGAAAUAAUAAAAAUAAGAGAUAUAAUUCCCGAAAAUCAAAUGCUACCUGGUAAAAAACUGGAACGGAGUUAG